GGCUACCGGGGACCGGCACCAAGGCAGCGGCCGGAGAGGUCGGAGGCGACGGGGCCGAGGGGACCGACAGGGGAGAGACCAUGUCGACAACGCUCUGCCAGAUGAUGGGAUUCAUCCUCUCCACUCUGGGAUUGGCGGGAAUCAUCGCCGCCACUGGGGUGGACAUGUGGAGUACUCAGGACUUGUACGACAACCCGGUCACUUCGGUAUUCCAGUACGAAGGGCUCUGGAGGAGCUGCGUAAGACAGAGCUCCGGUUUUACCGAAUGCAGGCCUUACUACACCAUCCUCGGACUGCCAGCCAUGUUGCAGACUGUGAGAGCCCUGAUGAUCGUGGGCAUCGUCCUGGGGGCCAUCAGCCUGCUGGUGUCCAUCUUUGCCCUGAAAUGCAUUCGAAUCGGCAGCAUGGAGGAUUCCGCCAAGGCCCACAUGACUCUGACCGCCGGGAUCCUGUUCAUUGUUUCUGGUCUUUGUGCUAUUGCCGGAGUAUCUGUAUUUGCCAAUAUGCUGGUCACCAACUUCUGGAUGUCAACAGCUAACAUGUAUUCUGGAAUAGGUGGUGUGGUUCAGACUGUUCAGACAAGGUACACCUUUGGCUCGGCUCUGUUUGUUGGCUGGGUUGCGGGAGGCCUGGCUGUUGUCGGAGGGAUCAUGAUGUGCAUUGCUUGCCGAGGACUGACGCCAGAGGACACCCACUUCAAAGCCGUGUCCUACAACGCGUCUGGCCACAACGUCUCCUACAAGUCCGGGGGAUUCAAGGCUGGCACCGGCUACGCCUCUGAAGGGAGAGGCAAAAAAAUCUACGACGAUAGUGUCCGUGAUGAGGCGGGGCCACGCUCCCAGCCUUCCAAAUACGACUACGUGUAGAAGCGAAGAAGGGUCAAAGACACGCUAUCGGCUCGACCUGAGAAAUGCGCCGGGAGAAAUCCACGGCAAACGGGAGCCCGGGAUAUUUAGCUUCCAUUCAGGUUCCCGUGUUCCUGUUGGUUUGCUGUGCAGAUGUUCCCCGGGUGGGGUGUUAGGGUGUCUUUGAUCUCAAUUUUCCCCGAUGGUGAUAGCUGGAGACGGACCAGGACCGAACGUCUCAACGUCUCUCUCGGACGAAUCCAAAGAACGAGAGAUAGUUUUGAACUCUGAGAUAAAUCCAGGCGGCGAGGCUGCCACAAUCCCUAUGUUUUUUUACUUUUAAAAUUGUUUUUCUAGCAUUCUUCGACAGGAUGAGACAUAGAAUGAGGCAGGGCCUGCCUUGACCCCUUGAGGGCAUCCAAUUUGGAGUAUGGGUUGGGGACAUGAACAAAUAACUGUAAACCCCCAUUCUCUCUUGUUCAAGAUUUCAUGGAAACAAAAGAUAGGAGAGCUUCCUGCUUCCUUGUUGGCUACUCAGCCUCUCCACACCACACUCUGCUAAAUGAGGCACCAGAUUGGCAAGUUUGCCUCACUAAAAUCGAGGUCCUGCCCCUUCAAAUGGCUGUAUUUCCUUCUUUCACUUCCAAAGACCUUCAGAAAGCAUGGGGGAUUGUCCCCCAUCAAAGGCUUCACAGAAAAAUCAGAACAAGGGGAAAAGCCAAGCCUUUUCAAGUCCUUUAUCUCGAAGCUGACAGCUAGUGGAUUUCACAGAGGCUUGGGAGCGAUAUUAUUAUUAUCUUUGCUUCUUGAGAAAUGUAUUUGGGUCCAAAAGGAAGUCAGUUUGGAGAGGUCUUGCCCACCACUAAUACAGCGACCUUGGCUUGGAGGAGCUCAGAUAUAGUGCUAUAUUUUGGAUGGGUCUAGAGAAAAGGAUGAGAGAAGGCGAUCUCAGUUGGACAGGGAAGAGGAACCAUUUUCUAUUCCCUAACCCCAUGGUUAAAAUCCGAUCGACUAGUGAAUUAUUAAAACAAUAGCAUAUCUUUGCAAUACUAUUUCAUCACAGGAGUUUAUAAGGAGGAAACAGAAAGAAUGCCAUAUGACUUUAUACUUUAUUCAGGCCUAUUUGUUUUUAAAGUCAACCAGCAUUCUCACCCUCUAGAGCAAGGUACUGACAUCCCAAGAUUAACUCAAUGAAUAAUGUGAAAAACAGUUCUGCACAGAUAAGUAAUUACAAGCUUCUAAUCCUGGCUCUGCCACAUUUAAUGCGUGA